UCUUGUGCCAGCUGUAAUCACAUAUUGCGGUCGAGAUAGUUGUGAAUGAAUGUGGCCGGACUACGAUACUGAGACCGCAUUCUGACCAGCGGACCAGCUACGAAGGACGGACUUGGUAAUACAAUUACUGAGGAGUGUAAGACAUCUGUAGAAAGAGAGACAGACAGAGAGAGGUCCGUCAGAGGUCAGUGUAAGGGUCAUUAAAACAGCACAAUGACCAGCAGGACCAGGACAGCCCUGCCCUUUAUAGCCAUCCUUAUAAAAGGUCUUCUUGCUCAGAUAGAACAGCCAUGUUUCCAAACAUCUUGUUAUCCAGCGACAGGCGAUCUUCUCAUCGGCCGAGAGGAAAAACUGAGUGCUACAUCAACCUGUGGUCUGGACAGGCCAGAGACCUAUUGUAUAGUUUCUCACUUAGAGGACCAGAAGAAAUGCUUUACUUGUGACUCUAGAGAGCAGUAUGUAGAACGACUGUAUCCCUAUAGCCAUAGAAUAGAAAAUAUUGUUUCCUCAGCCUAUUUAGGGCGAAAAGACAGUUGGUGGCAGGCUCAGAAUGGACUAGAAAACGUCUCCAUUCAGUUAGAUUUGGAGGCUGAGUUUCACUUCACUCAUUUGAUUAUGACCUUCAAAACGUUCCGGCCAGCCGGAAUGUUGGUUGAGAGAUCGUAUGAUUUUGGAAAAACCUGGAAGGUAUAUCGAUAUUUUGCUGAGGAUUGUGAGCAAACAUUUCCUGGAGUACGGACUGGACCGAUCAGAUCACUGGAUGAUGUAAUCUGCGAAUCUCGUUACUCCCAGGUGGCGCCCUCUACAGAAGGAGAGGUAAUCAUGAGAGUGGUGCCUCCAAACAUAGUGGUCACUGACCCUUACAGUGAGGAUGUCCAGGAUUUGCUCAAGAUGACCAACCUGAGAGUCAACUUCACAAAACUACACACACUAGGUGAUGACCUUCUUGACAGCAGACCAGAGAUCAAGGAGAAGUAUUACUAUUCCAUCUAUGAAAUGGUAGUCCGUGGAAGCUGCUCCUGCUAUGGUCAUGCAUCUCGCUGUCUGCCACUACCAGGCUUGCCAAAUAGAUCAGACAUGGUUCAUGGACGCUGUGAGUGUACCCACAAUACCAAGGGUUUGAACUGUGAGCAGUGUGAAGCUUUCUACAAUGACUUGCCAUGGAGACCUGCCAGAGGAAACCAGUCAAAUGAGUGCAAAAAAUGUGAGUGCAAUAAUCAUGCCAGCAGAUGUCACUUUGAUCCUGCCGUGUACGAGGCCACAGGACGUGUCAGUGGGGGUGUUUGCGAUGACUGCCAACACAAUACUAUGGGUCGUAACUGCCAGGAAUGUAAGCCAUUUUACUAUCAGGAUCCCACCAAAGACAUCAGGCAUCCAGAAGUUUGCAAACCCUGUGACUGUGACCCCAAGGGCUCUGAGAACAGUGGCGAGUGUGAAAGUCGCUCAGACCCGGAGCACAACCUGGUGGCAGGGCGCUGCUUCUGUAAACGGUUCGUAGACGGACCCAGGUGUGACACCUGUAAAAAUGGCUACUGGAACUUGCGUGAAGAAAGCAUCGAUGGUUGUGAACCAUGUGAAUGUAACACCUAUGGCACCGUGGGGAACUUUGGCUGUAACAAGAUCACUGGUGUUUGCACCUGUAAAAGAUUUGUCACAGGAAGGAACUGCAACCAGUGUCUGGCUGGUUACUGGGGGCUUGGCCCAGAUGUAGACGGUUGUAAGGCCUGCGACUGCGACUUUGGUGGUGCCUUGAACAACAUGUGUGAACAAACGACAGGGCAGUGCGCCUGCAGGCAGAACAUCAUUGGCCGUCGCUGUGAGCGACCGCGACCAGGAUAUUUCAUCACUAAUCUGGAUUAUCUAGUUUAUGAGGGCGAGUUUGCCAGAGGCACUGGGAAUUACCAGGUGGUGAUCCGUGAGCCUGUAGCAGGACGUCCCACCACAUGGACAGGUCCUGGGUUUAUGCGGGUCAGCGAGGGGGACUCCCUGGUUUUCACAGUGGACAACCUGCCUUCCUCCAUGGAGUAUGACAUCGUCAUCAGAUAUGAGCCACAGAUGCCAGAUCGUUGGGAUGAUGUUCGCGUGACUGUAGAAAGACCAGGGCGGGUGGACCAGAACAGUGUCUGUGCCAACAGCAUUCCUCAAGAUGACUUCAAGGCUACCAGUCUACCUGCAGGUAUUCGUUACUACACAGUCUCCCCGCCAUCUUGUUUAGAGACAGGUGUUUCAUAUACCAUCAAAUUAGAAUUCAACAGGUACAAGAGUGACAGAGCUACACCUGACGCCACUGCCUUGAUUGAUUCAAUUGUCCUUGUCCCAAGAAUAAACAGUAUUCCUGGCACCCCACAGGAGAUCACCACAGAUUUCGAGCGCUACCGCUGCCGAGAAGACCAGCUGACGGCAGCCAGGCCAGACCUUGCUGAGGUUUGCAAGAAAUACCUCUUCAGUUUAGGAGCCAUCAUUCACCAGCAAGCUCUUGACUGUGAAUGUGACCCCACUGGCUCCGUGAGUGCCGUGUGCGACCCCUCUGGUGGUCAGUGUCAAUGUAAACCAAAUGUCAUAGGAAGACGCUGUGAUAAGUGUGCACCAGGAACGUAUGGAUUUGGACCACAGGGAUGCUUAGCCUGUAACUGUAAUGCUCUCGGUUCCCGCGACAAUUUCUGUGAUGUGACUUCUGGCCAGUGUCUGUGUAUCCCUAACGCCUAUGGCCGCCAGUGUGACCAGUGUCAGCGUGGGUAUUAUAACUUCCCCAACUGUCGCCUGUGUCAGUGUAAUGGCCAUGCUGACACCUGUGAGGACACCACAGGGCGAUGUAUUGGAUGUAGAGAUUACACUGCUGGAGACAAUUGUGAACUAUGUGUCCGUGGUUACUAUGGAGAUCCCAGACUAGGCGCCAACAUUCCUUGUCGUGCCUGCCCAUGUCCUGGCGGCCAAGGCAGCGGAUUCCAGCAUGCAGACACGUGCAGCUUGACCAGAGAACAAAAUGUCCGCUGUGACUGUCGCCCUGGGUACACCGGUGACCGUUGCGAUCGCUGUGCUGAUAACUUCUAUGGCAACCCAGUUGUACCUGGUGGGGAAUGCAGGGCAUGUUUCUGUAAUAAUAAUAUUGAUCCUGACGUACCUGGUAGCUGUGACCCUGUCACUGGGGAAUGUUUGAAGUGUCUGUACCAGACUGAAGGUUACAGCUGUGAGAGGUGUAAGGAGGGUUACUAUGGAGAUGCAACAAGGCAGACAUGUCAGGCAUGUGUGUGUAACAUUCUCGGCACAAACCGCUCCAUGGGAGCUUGUGACAUUGUCACUGGACAGUGUCCAUGCUUGCCCAAUGUGAUUGGACGAGCUUGUGACCGGUGUGCUCCCAACCACUGGAAGCUGGCCAGCGGUACUGGCUGUGAGGCCUGCAACUGUGACCCUGAUGGGUCUCUGUCCACUCAGUGUAAUGAGUUUGAUGGCCAAUGUGAAUGUAAGCCAGGAAGAGGAGGGCUGACAUGUGGAGAAUGUGAGGCAUUCUACUGGGGUAACCCUAACAUAGCCUGCUAUCCCUGUGAUUGUAACCGGGAAGGGUCAGCCAGCCUGCAGUGUGACCGCCGUACUGGUCAGUGUGAGUGUCUGGAAGGGGUGGCUGGACACAAGUGUGACCGCUGCGAAAGGGGGACCACGGGCCAGCUCCCCAACUGUGUGCCCUGUGGAGAGUGCUUUGAUAACUGGGACAAGAUCAUUCAGGAUCUGGCGGGAAGGACACGCUUGCUGAUCCAAGAAGCAAAUGAAAUCAAAAUUCAGGGUGUAAGCAAAGCUUACGAGCAGGUGUUCCGUGAGAUGGAGAGCAAACUUGACCAGGUUCGCCAGCUAAUCGAAAAUGCAAAUGUCUCUGUGGCUGAUAUUGAGGGGCUAAAACUUAAGCUGGAACAGCUCAGAACCCAGUUGGAUGGCCAGGCCAACUCUGUUCAGGGAGUUGAAGAUGGAGUGAAGGAAGCAGGAAGAGAAAUCCUGAAGACGGAAAAUAGCAUUCAGGUUCUACGUCUUGGCAUUAAUGGACUAAGACAAGCCGCUGAUGAACUGAAGAAGGAAGCUGAGGAACUGAAGGAACAGAAUGUACAAGGUGCGUUUGAAAGUUUGCAAAGCAGCCAGAAAAGGUCGGAAGCAGCGCAGAAGACUGUGGAUGACACAGAUGACACUGUUUCCCAGUCCAAACAGACACGAGAACGGGCCGAGCAGUUCAUGGCGGACAACCAGGCCGAGUUCCAGCGUAAGACACAGGAAAACGAAGAUGCUAUUGAAGAUGUGCAAACUGACAUCGAACUCCUCGAGAAUCAGCUGGCAGAUGUUAACAACAUGGUAUGUGAUGGGCGUGGCACACCAUGUGACGUGCUAUGUGGUGGAGGAGGAUGUGGCAAGUGCGGCAUUAUAGGUGGCGGUCAAAGCUGCGAUGCAGGUGCCGUGACCAAGGCGAACAACUCCCUCUCCCUGGCUAAACAGACAGAAGAUACUCUGGCAGAGAGGUCAAAGAAUCUGCAAGACUUACUUGGAGAGGUAGAAGCAGUGGAAGCAGAUGCCUCAGUGGCAAAGAGCGAGGUACAGGCCGCAUUUGACAAAGCUGAGCAAGCCAAGAACAUGUCUGAGUCAUCUCGAACAGAGUUACAGAAACUACUGGAAUCAAUUGCAGAGUUCCUCACCAAGGGUGGGGCUCGCCCAGAAGAUAUCCGUCAGGUCGCAGAAGAGGUUUUGGCAAUGAGUAUUUCACUGACACCAGAGGAAAUAGAAAAUUUGGCUGCGGAGAUUAACAAAACUGUCAUCGGACUAACCAAUAUUGAUGAGAUUUUGGAUGCCACCAGGAGUCGGAAUGAAACGGCUCAUAAGUUGCAGGAAGAAGCUAAAAAAGCCAGUGCUGAUGCGGCCACCAUCUUGGACACAGCGCGUAAGGUGUCUGACCGCCUGGACUUGGCCGAAGAGGCUCAGGACAAAGCCCAGAAGGCUAUAGACCAAGCCAAUGAGAAUAUCAAGGAGGCAGAAACACAUCUCACUCAGGUUGAAUCAGAGACGGAUGCCGCACUGGGCAAAGCCAAUGCUUCCCUGGAAGCUGUCCAGAACUUGACCACAAAACUGGAGGAUGUCAAGAAGAAAUAUGUCCAGAAUGAACUCAGCGUCCAGCGAGCCAAAGGGGAGGCUGACGGAGCCAUGAAAAUGGCCAAUAAGGCAGAAUCUGAUGCAGCAGACUUGGAGACCAAGUACCAGGAUGCUUCUGCUCAGCUAGAGGCCAAAUACAACAUGACCAAGGAUGCAAAAGAGAGAGCAGUCCAACUUAAAAAAAAUGCAACAACUUUGGCACAAAGUACUCAGUUUAAACUGUACCAACUUCGAACAAUGGAGCGAGAUUUCAUGGAAAGAGAGAAGUCUUUGACAGAGCUUUCUGGCGAGAUUGAGGCCCUGCUUGCACGAAUGAAACUUCUCACUCAAGAAAUCCAGGAAAAGUCUGAUUUCUAUCGAGAUUGCCAGCCCUAAAUAAGUAAUCAUGUGAAUCAAACAGUGGAUUAAAUAGUAGAGAAAAAAUUCAACAUUCAUCUGACAGGUCAACAGAACUCUUCUUGGGAUUGAACUCUAGGUAACCUCCAAGCCAAAAGGUCAAAUGUUAACUUUUGGGACGUUGUUCUGUGUUUCUAUGUUUAACUUAUUAAAACUGAGAACAGGUCACAUGGUGCUCCAUCAUGUGCUGCCAUCUAUACUAGUGUAUGUAAGUAAUAAAUGAUGGAGAAAUGCUUUUAGAUUUUAUUGUUAUAAUUAAGUCAUUUAGUAAUUACUCACAAAUUUCAUACAAUUCAUAUUUGUCCGAUUUUUCCAGAAAUUUUGAAAGUGUGCUUUCAUACAUAUCCAACAAAACCAUUUAAGGAAGAUUUUUUUCAGAUAAUUACUAUAUAUGUCACUUCCUUAGAAGAAUAUUUGAUAGAAACAAAGUAUCAGUUACAAAUAUUGAUAUUGAUAAAAGUAAGUAAAUCUUAAGGAGAGCAUCAAGCCAUUGUUUUUGCAUUAUAGAUACCUUGUGUCUUUUUUGUAGUUUUUCCAAAAUGGUUAAAAUGGUUGUUCCAUUUUCUCCAAACAAAAGUUAGAAAAAGGCUGUAUAGCAUUCCAAUCUACUUGCCCCUACUUAAAGUAGGUUUAAAAUACAGCACUGUCAUCUUACGUGUAAUGCCAAUAGUAUUAACAUGGAAAGAAUGUGUUCAUUUAUAUAAGUGUAAAUAUUUCUAGUAAAAGUUUAUUGCAUGUAAUUAUAGGGUGCAACUUCUAUUAUGUCCCACCGCUAGAUUUUUUGAUAAAUGAAUUGUAUGAUAAAUUAUACAAAUGAUAACGGUGAAUUAUUCCACAUAACUGCUCUCCAGUCUUUGUUUACUAGAUAACAGAGGCACUGAACUGUAAAUCAUACUUUAAAAUGGAUUGGAUAUUUUUUAAUUUUUAAUUUGUUUACUUGAGGCACUGUUUUCUCAAGGAAUAAAUAGUCUUGGUUUCUUUAUCAUGUUAUAUAAGAAAAUUGAUUGGUACAUUGAUAUAGCUGUAACACUGCCAGGGUUUUUUACUUGACCCAGAAUCUCGUGUUUACGCUUUUUAAAACUCGUAUGUUCUGUCAGCCCAUUUUAAGCACAGUCAUGCCUAUGUUUAGCACCACUUUGUAUCAUGGUAUCAUAUUGACUGAAGCAGUUGGUGAAAUCACAUACAUAUGAUACUUGAGCAUUGGAUUUAAGUUUUACUGUACACUUUAAAUGAAAGUAAGAAGUGUAAGCUGCACAACCAAAUAACUGGCCCACACAUUCUUUAUUGUAAAUUUUAAUUUGAGUGUGUAAGUGUAGGUAGGAUUAUUUAAACUUUUACACAGGCAUUUGUUUACCUAUAAAAUGUUAGAAUGUAAAAACAAAUUUUCAUAUCAGUUUUGGUCAUUAACUUGGUGCUUAAUUAGAAGAACUUACAUUUCAUCACUGUGUAACAUCAUAUAUAUAAAUAUAUACAGCUUUAAUAUAUCUUAGCUUUAUGUGUCUAGCGUGUCAUAUAUUACAAAUCUCUUUUCUUUUUUAUCUCAUUUACUCUUAAGAAGACAGGUAAAAUGGGCUGAAGUAAAUUCAAAUAUCAUUGGUCUAUUUGUGUAGGAUGGAGCAUGAUAACCCGUGUCUGAUUGGUAGCUUGGAUGCAUAGAUUGGAUGGGUUUUCAGUUUGUGCUAGAUUGGUCAGUUGUGUCCAGGCAUGUGAAUGGCUAGUUUUACUUUCGCCAUUUUAGUUUUUAUUGGCAAAAAAAUGAAUGUGUUUUGAUUAUAGAAUGCAGGCUAAAGACUAAGCUUUUCACAAAUCUACAUUUGUCAUCAAGUACUCAAAAUUUGGUGGAAAUACUCAAGGGCAGAGAUACGAACUAGUGUCACAUUUUAAUUGUCAAAAUUGAUUUUGAUCGACCUUUCUAAUUUGAUAUAUUGCAAUGCGUUUGUAGUCUUUUUUUUUAUUAUUGUGUUGUUCAUAUUAACAUAUCUUAUUAUAAUAACAUGAAUUUUUAAGACGUAUUAGAUAACCUUGUGUUAUUGGCAAUAUGAGAUUUAAUCUUUUAGUUCAUCCAUCUCCUGGAAAUUAAAGAAACUUUACAUUUUAUCAUAUGCAGGCAAAUUCUGUAUUUGAGAAACUAUUAAAUCGGCUAUAAGAAUUUUAUAAGUACUUAAAUCAUGAUGUCCAGUUUUGAAUAAAGAUAAUUCACUAAGA